AUGCUUUUAGAGGGAGAUGAAGUUGAAGAGAUUCUUCAGCCUGUGAAGCAAAUUGCUCCCAGGGCGCAGAAGAAGCCUAGAGCAGGGCCCAGUCGGCUUCAUCUUCUGCGCCGAGGGCAGAGGGACGAAGACGGGUGGCUUUACCCAAAACCACAACCCGAGCUCGUCCCUGUCCCGGCGAUGGCCAUGAAGCGCUCCUUCAGAGAAGAGCCUGAGGAUGACGGCCCGGCCAAGAAGCAAGUCUUUGACAAGGGAAAGGCCAGAUCCGUCUCUACUCCGGUGGUCAGCCAGCCGCCGCUCACUCCAGGCAAGUCGGCCAAGGCUUCUCGCUCGACCUCUCUGCAGGUCUCCCAGACGUCCAAGAAGUAA